UUUAGAAAACCCAAAACACUUGAGCCGCGAUCAGCGCUAGCUGGAUACGGUUAGUACAAGAUUGCGUGAUUGAAGAUUCCUCAUGGCAAUAUGGGAUUGCGAUUUGCGACAGGGGCCAAACAGACCCCGACGAAUUUGUAAGUCAUGAAAGUGGCUCCGGUUGCGGUUACUGGUCGGUGUUCGGUAAGUGUCUCUAUUUCUUCUCAUUGCCUCUUUCCUUCUGUCCCUUGAGAUAUCAAACUGGUUCUACGGUUUGAUAUUUGCCCUUCUCCGUAUCAAUAUCGAGACCGACAACCUCGGGCUCCUCCUCUCCUUGAAUCCCCCUGGCACGAGGUAUUUCCUACACAACUGCCGGCUCAGUAGAGGCGAUACGGUUUCGUGCUCGAACCAUCGACAGGAACGAGGAGAUUUUGCCCCCGUCACGAUGCAAUUGAAGCAGCAAGAAGGGCCCGGAGGCGCCACGCCCCUGGAUGCCCCGAAAAGCUUCGAGAAAGUAUCUUCCAGCCUACCACUUGGCCAGAUGAUUCCGAUAUCCUCCAUCUCCGGCCCGACCUAUGUCACGGCGCAGCUGCUUGUCCAGCAGAUUGCUUACAAGCUCUCCGAUAAGAUCUUCUCUUACUCUCCCGAGACCUUUGAUCUGGAUGUGGCAGUUAAGCGAUGGUCCCUCGAGAAGGAGGCGAAUAUCCACGGGUAUCCGACCUCUGUCAUUCCCCUCCAGACUCGUGCUGGCGCCGGGGCUUUCGCUCUCGGCUACAUCUUCUCGAAGGACUUUGACUUGAGCAAGAGGGCUAUCCCCCAGUCGCUGCUUGCUCCUUCCCUGAGCCUUCGGAACCUCCGCUCGGCGCUUGACCAGCUUUCCCUACUCUAUGGGGUUGCCAGCCCGUUCGUCGCCCACGUUGCUGCCGCAGACUACUCGGCACAAAACGGUCUCAUUCCGGAAUACCAAUCGGCGCUGCAGCUUGCAGAGGAACUCGGCCUCGCUCUCGUGGCCAGCUCUUCAGCUUACGAGGCCCAGCACAUGUCGCUCUUCGCAACGAUUCUGGCUUCCGUCCUGCCGACCAUCCACAUCUACGACGGGCUGCGUACUUCGAGAGAAACCCUGAGAGUGGUAGACGCCCUGAGCGAGACAGGUAUUGCCGAGAUAUACAACAAGAUCGGCAAGGAGGCUGGUUCCCUCAACAAGAGGCUCGACGAUGCCGGGAAGACGUUGGAGCUCCUCCGAGCCUUCAACAACGAGCUCGGAACUUCUUAUGAGCCCUUCGAGUAUCACGGCCAUGCGGCCGCUACCACCGUCUUCGUCGUCUUCGGCAGCGUCGAGUCUCAGCUGUCGAAGCAGGUCGUUUCUUACCUAGCAGCCAAAGGGGAGAAGAUCGGCGCCCUUAGCGUCCGAGUCUACAGACCAUUCAUCGAGGAGGCUUUCCUCAGGGCGCUCCCUAGCUCUGUCGAACAGAUUGCUGUCCUGGGUCAGGUUCAUGACACUCUGUCUGUUGAAGACGCUUCCGUCCAGUCUGUUCUGUAUUCGGAUGUCCUUACAGCUGUCUCUUUCUCAGACAACUGGGACACAGAACCACUCGUCGUCGAUGUCAAGUAUGCUGCCUCGGAGGUUCUCACUCCCAGCUCGCUUGCUUCGACUUUCCGCAAAGUCACAACCAAGGGUACGGAUGCCGAGCCUGCUCUUACACUAGACCUGGCUGGUCAGGCUCAGCAGUAUACUUUCUGGGACCUCGACAACUCUACCGCCGCCAGCUCUCCAUCCGUUGUUGGCGGCAUCCUUGCCCGCGAGUCAACGAACAAUGUCUUUAUCCACGAGGUUCACGACAACCUCAUUCAGGGUGGCAUAAUCCGAACUGACAUUAGGAGCUCCAAGAAAUCGAUCGAGGCCCCGUAUGCCAUCGAGCAAGCCGACAUCACCGUCGUCGGCGAGGAGAAGCUUCUGAAGGAGAUUGCGAUCCUCAACGGCGUCAAGGCUGGUGGCAAGAUCAUUCUCAGGCUCCCGAAUUUCAAGGACGAAGACGUGGAGAAGCGCAUUCCCGAGUGGACCAAGAAGCAGCUACAUGCGAAGAAUGUCGGUCUGUUCGUCUUAGAUUCCUCGUACUCGCCCACCUUUGAGAAGGACGCCCAGCUCUUGGUUGAGCUGGCAUUUUUGCGUCUGGCAAGGCCCGAGAUCGCUCCCGAACAGCUCGCCCAGCUCAGCUCCAUCUCCCCAGACCAACCAAUAUUCCAGGAAUGCGUUGAUGCCUUACCACAAUUCUUCCGGGAGAUCGAAGUACCGGCGUCCUGGGCAGAAAUUGCCGACGAUUCCGUGGCGGCUCCCCGUGAGCUAGAUCUCAAGCCCAGCAGUUUCGCGGCUUUCGAGAAGGAGGAUGCGGAGCCCGCAUUGCAAGUCAAUGACUGGCAAUCAGCGGCCAAGGGCUUCGCCUUCAAAGAGGCUUAUGGCACUCAGACCAAUCUUCGGCCCGAUCUCGCCACCAAGAGCUAUACCAUCCACGUCAAGGAAAACCGUCGUCUCACUCCUCACAAUUACGACCGUAAUAUCUUCCAUAUCGAGUUCGACUUGGGCGACUCCGGUCUCACAUACGACAUUGGCGAGGCUCUCGGUAUCCACGCGGACAACGAUGCUGCGCAGAUCCAGGACUUCAUCACCUCGUACGGCCUCAAUGCCGAUGAUCUGGUCCAGGUCCCGUCCCGCGAGGACGCUUCUGUCCUGGAGACGAGGACCAUCUACCAGUCGUUGCUCCAGAACCUUGACAUCCUCGGCAAGCCGCCCAAGCGGUUCUACGAAUUGCUUGCCGAGUUUGCCACGGACGAGAUGGAGAAGAAGAAGCUCGAGUCCCUCGGCGGCCAGACCGGCGCCGAGGAAUUCAAGCGCCGCUCGGAAACCGAGACCGUCACCUACGUGGACAUCCUGGAAGAGUUCCAGUCCGCCCGGCCGGCCUUUGCCGACCUCGUGCGCAUCGUCUCUCCCCUGAAGCGCCGCGAGUACAGUAUCGCCUCCGCCCAGGCCGUCACGCCGACGUCGGUGUCCCUCAUGAUCGUCGUGGUCGACUGGGUCGACAGCAAGGGCCGCACCCGCUACGGACAGGCGACGCGGUACCUCUCGGAGCUGACCGUGGGCACGCCCAUCAUCGCCUCCGUCAAGCCGUCGGUGAUGAAGCUCCCCACCAAGGACACGGCGCCGCUGAUCAUGGCCGGGCUGGGCACUGGCCUCGCGCCGUUCCGCGCCUUCGUCCAGUACCGCGCCAUGCAGAAGGCGCAGGGCAAGGAGAUCGGCGCCAUCCUGCUGUACCUGGGCAGCCGGCACCAGCGCGAGGAGUACCUGUACGGCGAGGAGUGGGAGGCGUACAUGGACGCGGGCGUUAUCACGCUCCUCGGGGCGGCCUUCUCGCGCGACCAGCCGCAGAAGAUCUACAUCCAGGACCGCAUGCGGCAGACGAUCGACGACAUCGUCAAGGCCUACAUCAGCGAGGAGGGCUCCUUCUACCUGUGCGGGCCGACCUGGCCUGUUCCGGACGUCACCGAGGUCCUUCAGGAGGCCAUCGCUAAGGAUGCGAAGGGCGCCGGGCGCAAGGUGGACCCGAGGAAGGAGAUUGAGCGGUUGAAGGAGGAUGGGAGAUAUGUCCUGGAGGUCUACUAGUUGAGGGGGGCUGUAAUGAAGUGUGCAGUUGGCGGUGAUUUUCUUUCUUUUUACACUGCAUAUCUAUUCCGUUCUUCCAGCAGAUUGCUGGUCAUUAGCGUGGAGUGUUUGACCCUGUUGAUAAACACGAGCUUCCGCUUGCCCACUACUAUAUAGAAGACAUGAAAAUUGCGAUGUUUCGCUGUACGAUGCGAA